UAGUUUUCUAAGUUUACUGCAACCUCUGCACGGGGGGAGAGGUAGAGGGAGAGAGAUUACCAACAUGAGAGCAGGUAGAGAGUAGGGCAAGAUUCCUUCCAGCUUCAACAUCUGGGUCCCAUGAUGUGUGUAGCCAUGGACAGUGGAAUAAAACCACGCUCUCAGUGAAAGCCAUCAAAGGAAUUAAAAAAGAAAUAAGUAUGAUGAAAAACGAAGAUGCAAAUUGUAGUGUGGACAACACACAAGCUUCUCCCUUCUCCCGGUGCCUACAGCCACUGAGUCCUGUUGCAAAGCCACACAGAACAACUCAUUUCGGUGAAGAAUUCAGACAGCAUCUUUCACAUUUCCGCUAUGGCCCUCCUCCUCUUGGAGACAUGGAAAGUUUCCAGGGGUCCCUGGAAGGAGGGUCUCGGAAACGCAAGAGCAUGCCAACAAAGAUGCCCCCUUCUAUCGCUCUUGAGGGCUCCUCAUCCCCACCUCACAGACUUGAAGAUCACAAUGAUAUAGAUUCUUCCGGUCUUCCUAUGGUGUUUCAACAACCAGCACAGCCAAAGUACAGUUCCCAGAUGAUUGAUCUCUGCAACUUUGGUUUUCAGUUCUACAGAUCUCUGGAGCCCUUUGGAGCCAAGUCCAUUAAGCAAGAACCAGUGAAACCUAAUUUGGCAUGGCCUAGUAGUCCAGCAUUUGUGCAGGCUCCUUAUCCUUAUUAUCCUAAAGUCCAUCCUGGCUUAAUGUUUCCUUUUAUCAUGCCCCCAAAUCUCCAUUUCAGGAACCCUUUUCAGAUGAAAAGGCCUCCAGAACCACCCUUCCGAAGGGCUGAAGUAAGAGAAAGUGGUGAAAAUAAACAGAAAGUAGAAAGAGUGGAUGUCAAUCUUCAAAUAGACGACAGCUACUAUGUUGAUGUUGGUGGUGAACAGAAACGCUGGCAAUGCCCAAUGUGUGAGAAGUCCUAUACAUCCAAGUACAAUUUGGUUACACACAUCUUGGGGCACAGCGGCAUUAAGCCGCAUGCUUGCAAUCGAUGUGGCAAGCUUUUCAAGCAGCUGAGCCACUUGCACACUCAUAUGCUAACACACCAGGGCACGAGGCCACAUAAGUGCCAGGUGUGCCACAAGUCUUUCACUCAAACCAGUCACCUUAAGAGACACAUGAUGCAGCACAGCGACAUCAAGCCUUACAACUGCAGGAUCUGUGGAAGAGGCUUUGCCUAUCCCAGUGAGCUGAAGGCACACGAAGCUAAGCACGAGAGUGGCCGAGAGAACAUUUGUGUGGAGUGCGGUCUGGACUUCCCCACGCUGGCCCAGUUGAAGAGACACUUAACAACCCACCGUGGCCCAAUACAGUACAAUUGCACUGAAUGUGAUAAGACCUUCCAGUACCCGAGUCAAUUGCAAAACCACAUGAUGAAGCACAAAGACAUCCGUCCAUAUAUCUGCACUGAGUGUGGCAUGGAGUUUGUACAGCCCCACCAUCUCAAACAACACUCUCUAACUCAUAAGGGUGUGAAAGAGCACAAAUGUGGAAUCUGUGGCCGGGAGUUUACUCUGCUGGCCAACAUGAAGAGACACGUCCUGAUCCACACCAAUAUCAGAGCCUAUCAGUGCCAUUUGUGCUUCAAGAGCUUUGUGCAAAAGCAGACUCUCAAGGCACACAUGAUUGUUCACUCUGAUGUCAAACCCUUUAAGUGCAAGCUGUGUGGAAAGGAGUUUAACCGAAUGCACAAUUUAAUGGGACAUAUGCACUUGCACUCAGACAGUAAGCCCUUCAAGUGCCUCUACUGUCCCAGCAAAUUCACCUUGAAGGGGAACCUAACCAGGCAUAUGAAGGUCAAACAUGGGGUCAUGGAAAGAGGAUUUCAUUCUCAAGGUUUUGGAAGAGGGAGAAUUGCUCUGUCUCAGACAAAUGUGUUGAGAAGCUUGGAACAGGAAGAGCCCUUUGAUCUUUCCCAGAAAAGCCAAGGGAAGGGGAUUUCAUUUCAUUCGGAUGGUGAGAGUGCCAAGGGAAGUUCAUGCCAAGAAGAAGAGGAAGACAACUGCUAUGAGGCAGAGCAGUACAGCCCUGGUGUGUACCAUCAUGACAACAACAAGCUGUACGUUCCUCAAGAUCUGUCUGGCAAACCACAGUGCAUGAUGAAGGGCUUCAGAGAGUCCUACUGCAGUGAGAAGGAAGAAAUGUUAAGUGAGGGAGGACUGGAGAAGAGAGUAGGAGAUUCUGACAAUCAGGAGAGCCGAGGAGAGAGAGACCUUGGAAAUGACAAGGAGCGCCUGAGCUUUAGAGCCUUUGAAAAGGCCAGUCUGGGGCAUUCUCUCUCUGAUUACUUGUAUUUCAAGCACAGGAGCAAGAGUCUGAAAGAAUUACUGGAAAGAAAAAUGGAAAAACAGACAAUGCUUAUAGGCAUUUAAAUGGAUGUUUGUUUUAAAACAGCUGGAAAAUGAGAAACAAAUAGCUUUGAGCAUGAACUGUAAUUUACUAGAGGUUGGAAUUCUGCAGUAGUCUUUACAAAUGAACAAGCCCAAACAAUAAAAAUAUAUUAAAGUAAAAAACAUACAUGAAAAGAACAAAGCAGUCCACAGAGAUGAAGAAACGCAAUAGAUUUUGAACUGCGAGUUUUUAUACUUAUCCAUAUGGUAUGCAAGUAGACGAUAGGGUGGGUACAGAAGUUUAUUUUCCUCUAUCUGGAGUGGUAUAUAUUACACUCAGUUUUCUAGUUAUCAGAAAGAAAACACUUUAGUGUUUCAUUUAUUAUCUGACUAAAUAUAUUCAACCACUUCUAACCACAGGUCUCAAAAAAACUGAAAAUGCUAAGUAUUUCACAGCAAAAGCAAGAGAACUGCUAAAGGUGGUGUACCAAAAAAAUGCCAUCCACCUCAGAUCACUUCAUAUACUGUUGUGAUUUACAGUGAGGAAUGGGAAAAAAGUUAUGAAGAGAUGCUAACAUCUUCAUCUUGUGAGUCAGUGAAGUGUAGAAAUGUAAGGCUUUGGAAGGGAUGGAAUUUUUUAUGGUCACAGAAGCUUUUCCUCUGGCAAAAGGAUUGCCUGUGCUUUGCUGUUGCAGUCAGUAUGGAAGCGUUCAGCAGUCCUUCAAACGAAAUGGCAUGGACCGCAUUGACAUUUUGUUCUAAUGUCUGCUCACACCAAUACAUUUAAUGAGCAGCAGCACGUAGGGUUUGCAAGUAUUGCAGUAAUCACAUCUAAAACAAAGAGAGUAACUUCAUUGAGAAAAUAAUGUAGUUUUGCCAUUUCUCUUCCAGUUUACCUUGGCAAGCAGAUAUGAUUUUUAAAAUACAAAGCCCAGUCAGAUUUUAUUUUGGAAGGGAUUCCAAAAAAGAGCCUUGUAAGGGUGAAGCAAUAUUCACAAACAAAGACAGGUUUUUUAUUUUCUCUUAUCUGAGUCAGAAUUUUUCCCUCAUUAACACAGCUUGAACAGUGAGCUCCUGGCCUUUCAGAAUAAUUCCACUCAUGCUGUUUUAAUGAAUCAUUCCUGGCUUUUUAUUAUGAUUCUCAUACAAUUAUAUGCUCAUAACAAAGAUGCUAGAAGCACAUUCCAUUAAGCAUAUUCCAUCAAUGGCAUUAUUUGGCCAGCACCUUGAAUCCUACAUCUUCAGCGUGCAAGAUGUGGCCCCAAGCUGUUCUGUUGCUUAUAAGGAAAUAAAGAUUUAAUACGUCAUUUAAUUAUUCCUAUAUCAUUUGGGGGAAUUAUAGCUCAAUAGGUUAAACUCCUCUAAAUAUGGUAUUUCAUUUCCAAAUAUUGCUGCCUUCUUCAUUUCCCUACCAAUAUCUUAAUUUGGAAUAUCUUGUUAUCAUGCUUAGUUUUUAUUAUGUAGAUAACUCCAAAAGUAAUGCCUUCUAUUUAUUUCUAUGGGAACUCCAAAAGAUACAAAGAGCACAAUAA